GAAUCCAUUAUUUAUCAAUUAUAUAAAAAUAAAACAUAUAAUUUUCUUAAGAAGUUGUACAAAGCCUUAAAUAUUAUAGUUAUAUUUAUACAUACAACUGUCCAUAAUCUCAUAAAAAAUUAUUAAUGUAUAUAUUUAUACAUUCAAAACCUUAAUUAAAUCUCCAUUUCUUUUCAAAUAAUUUUUUUAAUUUUUUUUAGCUCAGUCAUAAAUGUAUACAUAUUUUAAACUAAAAUAGUUCUAAUAACUUUCAACCAAUAACAUUUCAAAAGAUCUACAACUUUUUAUUGUUAAUUAGUAAAUUAUGCAUUAAACAACAGAAAUGCUAAAAUUUCAUCUUAAAGAAAAAAAAUCAGAAGCAGUUUUAAUUACAGAAAAUCACAAUUCUAUUCCCAGUAUACUAAUAUCACAUCAAAUUAUUAAUAUUGCUCAUCAUAUUGGUGCUGAUUUUGGGUUGAAAUGUUAAUAGUCUAAUCUAACAGAACAUCAUUGAUCUGCAACGACUACGAACAACGAGGUCAGUGAUCGGAUGUUCUUCUUUAAAACAUCUCACGUGAGAUCCACAUUCUCUUAACAAAAAGUCAUCACUGCAGUCUGUCUAAUGUACUGUUUAGUUCGAAGUUUGAACCAUAUCUGCAACGUGAUACCGACCAUCCGAUUUUCACCACUACACAACCGUACACCGUCCGAUGUUCUUACUCAAUUUACCGUAUCACCAAGUAAAAAAAUAUCCACUUCCCUUUUUUCGUAACUUUUCAAAAAUAUCUACUACUUUCUUCUUCUGUCAAAAUAUUUAAUAUCUACUUUUGCAUACUGAAGCUUUUCCAGUAAUAAAAUAAAAAAAUUAAACGAAUCUCUUUCACUCUCUUUAACCCCAUUGGCUACUUUCUAAAGUCUGUUUUUUUUCUUCUUCUUCUUCUCUCUCUCUAACUCGAUUCCCACAAACCCUAAUUUUCUCGGAACCUCUUCUUCGCCGGGGAGAUUCGAAUCUAGGUUAAAGCAAUGGAAUCAGAUCAGGGAAAGCUCUUCAUCGGCGGGAUUUCAUGGGACACGGACGAGAAUCUCCUGAGAGAGUAUUUCAGCAAUUACGGCGAGGUUUUGCAGGUGACGGUGAUGCGAGAGAAAGCUACAGGUCGUCCGAGAGGAUUCGGAUUCGUUUCCUUCUCCGAUCCCGCCGUCAUUGACAGGGUUCUUCAGAGCAAGCACCAUAUCGAUAACAGAGAUGUUGAUGUGAAGAGAGCAAUGUCUAGAGAAGAGCAGAGUCCUGGUGGUGGUAGUAGACCAGUGGGGAGUUUUGAUAACGUGAGGACCAAGAAGAUAUUUGUUGGAGGUUUGCCUCCUGCGUUGACAUCAGAUGAGUUUAGAGCCUACUUCGAGACUUACGGUCCCGUGAGCGAUGCGGUGAUUAUGAUUGACCAGACCACGCAACGUCCUAGAGGGUUUGGGUUUGUUUCGUUUGAUUCUGAAGAUUCUGUUGACCUUGUUUUGCACAAGACUUUCCACGAUUUGAAUGGGAAGCAAGUCGAAGUUAAAAGAGCUCUUCCUAAAGAUGCUAAUCCUGGAGUUGUUGGAGGUGGUGGGGGUCGUGGGGGUGGUGGUUUCUCGGGGUAUGGUGGAGGUGGAUACGAGGGUCGUGUUGAUUCGAGUAGAUACUUGCCGCCUCAAAACGCUGGAAGUGGGUAUCCUCCUUAUGGUGGUUCUGGGUAUGGUUAUGGAAGCAACGGUGUGGGUUAUGGAGGGUUUGGAGGGUAUGGGAAUCCAUCUGGUGCGCCUUAUGGGAACCCUGGUGUUGCUGGAGCUGGGUUUGGAAGUGGUCCAAGAAGUUCUUGGGGAGGUCAAGCGCCGUCUGGUUACGGUAACGUGGGAUAUGGAAAUGCUCCUGCUGCUGCUCCGUGGGGCGGUUCUGGUCCUGGUUCAGCAAUGAUGGGUCAAGGAGGUGCAUCUGCAGGUUAUGGGUAUGGUGCAGUCGGUGGGCGGCCUAACAGCCUUGGCGGUGGCUAUGCUGAUGGUUCAGAUGGCUCUGGAGGAUAUGGGAAUCACCAAGGGAACGGGCAAGGUGGUUAUGGUGGAGGUUUUGGAAGUGGUCAUCAAGCUUUACAACAGUGAUUGGAGGAAGAAAGAAAGACUACUACAUUGUGGUCUUUUCCACAAACUCCUCUUUCCUCCUUAAGGAUGCCGCCCUUGACCUUGAUUAUCUAUUUUGUUAGUUUCUUAAUAAGUUGUUCAGGCACUCUUGAUGCUGAGUCGUACUUAGUAUUUCAUAUGAAGUUGUAGUGUGCUUAUUUAUAUUUGUUGCUUUGGAAUGUUUUUCUUUUCUCUAUGUUAGUGUUUGUGUUUAACAAUAACUUAUCCACUAUUCAUCUUUA